AUGGCGUGCAGUUUUAGGGUCAUAUACGACAAGUUUUCUGGAGCUGAUGCUGGUCGAGCUACCGGUCUGACGGGGCAAACAGUUCUGAAAUAUGUGCGAAUUAUCCGUGAUGUCCUCGGUUUGCCUGAUGAUCCGUUCCCAAAAUCGCGCCGCAUGAAUAACAGUGCGAAAAAAGAAUCUGCCGCAAGUGGUGAGAGAAGUGAACCUAACGCCAGCACGGAGAAAGACGAAUCUGUUGCAAAUGCUAAGAAAAUCAAUCACAACGCAGGUGCUGAGGAAGACAAGCUAACUGCGAAUUUCAAAGAACGUCAAUCUUUUACAAUUACUAAGGAAAGCAGACCUGCGAAUAUUGUGAAAUGCGAACCCAACGCAGAUAUGGAGUGUGAGACGAGAGCGAAUGCUACCGAAAACAAAUCGAACACGGAUACAGCGGGAAUCGAACCGAGUAGAGAGCCGCACAAAAACAAGCCAGCCAUCGAUGUUACGGGAAACAAGCCCAAAUCAGAAGGAGAGGAUAAUGCUGACAUUGAUAUAUUUUACGGCAAAAAAACACAUUUUGCAGUGGAUGAUCUCGAUCAUCAAAUGGCCGAUGUGCUAGUCAGCGAAACGAUGAACUGUGUUGCUGCUGCACGUUGUGUUACAGAUGUUGCCAUGUGUGGGCCAAUGGUUGAAUGUCUGCUGCAUGAAUUCAACUAUCAAGGCGAUUUCGCCGCAAUGCAUAAAGCGGUCCUAAAAGUUUUCAUGGAGCACAAGAAGCCAGCGGAGAUGACGGGCAUGGUUAAAUCCAGUGAAGAAACUGCUCGUCGUAUGAGAAAAACGAGUAUUUCAAGUGGAACAUAUCGUCAUUCUGCGAGAACGGAUGAUUCGUCUGAAGCAACACCUCAUCAUGUGAGGAAAAGGAAGAAAUCAUUAGAAGCAGCACCUGGUCUUGUGACGGAGAAGGGCGAAUCUCUUGGAGGAACUUUUCGUCGUCCAGAGAAAAAUGAUAAUUCACCUGGAGAAGCGCGUCGUCGUGGACGGAAAAGGCAUAUAUCGCCUGUAGUCGCAGGUCGUCUAGGGCGAAAAGAAAAAGACAACUUUCAUAGAGUGGCACGUCACUAUUCGUUGGAAGAAGACAAGUCAGCUGCAGUAGCGCCUCGCCGUGCCGAGAUGAAGGAUAAACCUUCCGAUGUAGCAUUGCGUCGUGUGAAGAAAGAGGACGAAUCGUCUGAGGCAGCUGUUCAUCAUCGAAUGGGCAAAUUGGAUACAGCAGCAGUUGGUGUAGUUACUCGUCGUGGGAGGCCAAGGAAUGAUUCGGUUGGAACAGUUUCUCGUAUUGCAAGUAAAAUAAAUGAUUCGCUUGAAGUAGCUCGUCGUCGUGCAGCAAGAAGCAUUAAACCUGCUGAAGUAGUGCCGCAUGAGCCGAAUAAAAUGGCCACUCGUAGCAUGAUGAAAACGGAUGAACCAAUUGGAAUAGCACCUCGUCAUACUCGGAAAGCGAGUGAAUCGAGUGAAUUACCUCCUCGUCGUGUGAUGAAAAAGGAUGAACUGACUGGAUUAGCACCUCGUCGCGCCGGGGAAGCGGAUGAAUCGAGUGAAGCAUCUUCUUGUCGCAUUAUGAAAGCGAAUGAACUGGUUGGUUUAGCACCACACCGUAUUCGGAAAACGGAUGAAUCGAGCGAAGUACUUCUUGGUGGUUCAUCCAAGAAGGAUGUAGUGGCUGAAAUAGCUAAGCGUCCUAGAGGAAGACCCCGUAAGCUAAGCGCAGGCAGACGGCUUGAGUCAGCUGGAGCACUGUCUUGUAAUAUGGGAAAAGUGGAUGAACAGGCUGAAGUGCCUCAUCGCCGUAGUAGAAGAAUGACUGAUUCGCCUAAU